AUGGAUUUAAGUAUCGUAAACGAUGAUUAUUAUCUAUCCGGCAUGGCUGCAUUAGUUGGUGAUAUUGAUAAACAGUUGAUGAUUAUGUUACGUGAUGGUCGAACGUUGAUCGCUCACCUGCGCAGUCUUGAUCAGUUUGGUAAUCUUGUGCUUCAUCAAGCAUUCGAACGUAUUUGUGUCGGUCGACACUAUGCAGAUAUCCCUCGUGGUUUAUUCGUUAUCCGUGGUGAAAAUGUUCUGUUCAUUGGCGAAUUAGACUACUAUCAACCUUUACGCGUUCCGUUGGUGGAAGUAACCAUAGAAGAAAUACUGAAAUUGCAGAAAGAAGACAUCGAAAAGAAGGAACAGAUCGAAAAAGUUCGACGGAAAGCGAUGGUUGAACAUGGUCUAGUCGAUGAAGGAAAUCCGAUUGAAGAGCAAUAUUAA